AUGGGUUUGCGAGGGCUCUCCCCGAGCAUGCCCCUGUGGUUAGUAGUCUCGGGUAUUGUUUUUUCCCGGGAACUGUGGGUCUGCACUAGCCUCGAUUAUGAUUACACUUUUGAUGGCAACGAAGAGGACAAAACGGAGCCUAUAGAUUACAAGGACCCGUGCAAAGCUGCUGUGUUUUGGGGCGACAUUGCCUUAGACGAUGAAGACUUAAAUAUCUUCCAAAUAGACAGGACAAUUGACCUGACUCAGAGCCCCUUUGGAAAACUUGGACAUACCACAGGUGGAUUUGGAGACCAUGGCAUACCAAAGAAACGAGGGGCUCUCUACCAACUUAUAGACAGGAUAAGACGACUUGGCUCUGGCUUGGAGCAAAAUAAAACCACUAAAGGGAAAGCACCUCCAAAAUUCUCAGAGCAAAAUGAGAAAAAUCGAGUUCCCAGAGCUGCUACAUCAAGAACAGAAAGAAUAUGGCCUGGAGGUGUCAUUCCUUAUGUCAUAGGAGGCAACUUUACUGGCAGCCAGCGAGCCAUGUUCAAGCAGGCCAUGAGACACUGGGAGAAGCACACAUGUGUGACUUUCACUGAGAGAAGUGAUGAAGAGAGUUACAUUGUGUUCACCUAUAGGCCUUGUGGAUGCUGCUCCUAUGUUGGUCGACGUGGGAAUGGCCCUCAGGCCAUCUCUAUUGGGAAGAACUGUGACAAGUUUGGAAUUGUUGUUCAUGAACUGGGACAUGUGAUAGGCUUUUGGCAUGAACACACCCGCCCAGACCGAGACAACCAUGUCACUAUCAUAAGAGAGAAUAUCCAGCCAGGUCAAGAGUACAAUUUUCUGAAGAUGGAGCCUGGAGAAGUGAACUCUCUUGGGGAAAGAUAUGAUUUUGACAGUAUCAUGCACUACGCCAGGAACACCUUCUCAAGGGGGAUGUUUCUGGACACAAUUCUCCCUUCCCGUGAUGAUAAUGGAAUCCGUCCUGCAAUUGGUCAACGGACCCGGCUAAGCAAAGGAGACAUUGCACAAGCAAGAAAGCUGUAUCGCUGUCCAGCAUGUGGAGAAACCCUACAAGAGUCCAGUGGCAACCUUUCUUCCCCAGGAUUCCCAAAUGGCUACCCUUCUUAUACACACUGCAUCUGGAGAGUGUCUGUGACACCAGGAGAAAAGAUUGUCUUAAAUUUUACCACAAUGGACCUAUACAAGAGUAGUUUGUGCUGGUAUGACUACAUUGAAGUCAGAGAUGGUUACUGGAGGAAGUCACCUCUCCUUGGUAGAUUCUGUGGGGACAAAGUGGCUGGAGUACUUACGUCUACAGACAGCAGAAUGUGGAUUGAGUUCCGUAGCAGCAGUAACUGGGUAGGAAAAGGGUUUGCAGCUGUCUAUGAAGCUAUCUGUGGAGGUGAGAUACGAAAAAAUGAAGGACAGAUUCAAUCUCCCAAUCACCCAGAUGACUAUCGGCCAAUGAAAGAGUGUGUGUGGAAAAUAAUGGUGUCCGAGGGCUACCAUGUUGGAUUGACCUUUCAGGCCUUUGAGAUUGAAAGACAUGACAGCUGUGCCUAUGACCACCUAGAAGUUCGAGAUGGAACCAGUGAAAACAGUCCGUUGAUAGGACGGUUCUGUGGUUAUGAUAAACCUGAAGACAUAAGAUCUACUUCUAACACUCUGUGGAUGAAGUUUGUCUCCGAUGGAACCGUGAACAAGGCAGGAUUUGCUGCUAAUUUUUUUAAAGAAGAAGAUGAGUGUGCCAAGCCUGACCGAGGAGGCUGUGAGCAGAGGUGCAUCAAUACACUGGGCAGUUACCAGUGUGCCUGUGAGCCUGGCUAUGAACUGGGGCCAGAUAGAAGAAGCUGUGAAGCUGCUUGUGGAGGACUUCUGACAAAACUCAAUGGCACCAUAACCACUCCUGGCUGGCCCAAAGAGUACCCUCCAAACAAAAACUGUGUGUGGCAAGUGAUUGCUCCAAGUCAGUACAGAAUCUCUGUGAAGUUUGAGUUUUUCGAAUUGGAAGGCAAUGAAGUUUGCAAAUAUGAUUAUGUGGAGAUCUGGAGUGGUCUUUCCUCCGAGUCUAAACUUCACGGCAAAUUCUGUGGAGCUGAUGUACCUGAAGUGAUUACUUCCCACUUCAACAACAUGAGGAUUGAGUUCAAAUCGGACAACACUGUAUCCAAGAAGGGCUUUAAAGCACAUUUUUUCUCAGAUAAGGAUGAGUGCUCGAAGGACAACGGUGGUUGUCAGCACGAGUGUGUCAACACAAUGGGAAGCUACAUGUGUCAGUGCCGGAAUGGAUUUGUUUUGCAUGAGAACAAACAUGAUUGCAAGGAAGCUGAAUGUGAACAGAAGAUCCACAGCCCAAGUGGUCUCAUCACCAGUCCCAACUGGCCAGACAAGUACCCAAGCAGGAAAGAGUGCACCUGGGAGGUCAGUGCUAUCCCUGGCCACCGAAUCAAAUUAGCCUUCAGUGAGUUUGAGGUUGAACAGCAUCAAGAAUGUGCCUACGAUCACUUGGAAGUUUUUGAUGGAGCCACAGAGAAGUCACCAAUCCUUGGCCGACUAUGUGGCAGCAAGAUACCAGACCCGCUCCUGGCUACUGGGAAUCUAAUGUUUAUUCGGUUUAUUUCUGAUGCCUCUGUUCAAAGAAGAGGCUUUCAAGCCACCCACUCCACAGAGUGUGGUGGUCGAUUGAAGGCAGAGCCCAAACCCAGAGACCUGUAUUCCCAUGCUCAGUUUGGGGAUAAUAACUACCCAGGACAAGUUGACUGUGAAUGGUUGUUAGUGUCAGAACGAGGCAUGAGACUUGAGUUGUCCUUCCAGAUGUUUGAAGUAGAAGAAGAAGCUGACUGUGGCUAUGAUUAUGUUGAAAUCUUUGAUGGUCUCAAUUCAAAAGCUGUGGGUCUUGGGAGAUUCUGUGGAUCUGGGCCACCAGAAGAAAUCUAUUCAAUUGGAGAUGCAGUUCUAAUUCAUUUUCACACUGAUGAUACUAUCAACAAGAAAGGAUUUUAUAUAAGAUAUAAAAGCAUAAGGUACCCAGAAACUAUGCAUGCUGAGAACUAGUGCAGGCCCUCCCUCAGAACAGAAAGCAAUGUGCAGAUGGAAAGAAGAAAUUUUUAAAAUUGGCAAUAUUAGUACAAAUGUUUUAUACAAUG